AUGUCCAGCAGAGGUAGAUCAGAGUCGAGUCCAAGAUCGAGGGAAACUCGAUGGUCUGGGAAUCCUGCAAGAUCAAAACACUUCAGCCAAGUCAAGUUAGAAACUGUCAUCACUGGUCAUCUUACCCAAGAACAGUUAGAUGCUUACCAACAAGUGUUUAGAAUCGAAGAGAUUUCAGAAAUACUAAGAAAAUCCCAACAGCAACACAAGCUGUUGCUUGAUUUUUUACCAUCGUCUUAUUUAGCACCGGGAAGUAGUUAUAAAAGAGAUCCAUCACCACCACCAAAAUAUGACAAACAAGGUAAUAGGAUCAACACCAGAGAACAACGUAUGCGAGACGUAUUGGAAAAGGAGAGACACGAAUUAGUCGAAUUAGCUGCGUCAAACAUCAAAAACUAUAUUGCUCCUUCCGAUUAUCGGAAGCCAGCAAAGACAUUCGAGAAAUUAUACAUACCAGUUAAGGACUACCCCGAUAUUAAUUUUGUUGGAUUCUUGAUAGGUCCCAGAGGUAGAACAUUAAAGCGAUUACAGGAUGAGAGUGGAGCACGACUACAGAUACGUGGUAAGGGUUCCGUUAAGGAAGGUAGAUCAACGCAAACGACAAUCGAAGACCAAUCGUCAACUGGUGUAGACUCUGUUGAAGAUGACUUGCAUGUUUUAAUCACUUCUGAUUCGCAACAAAAGAUUGCCAAAGCUGUAAAAUUGGCCAAUGAAGUGAUUGAGAAGUUGGUAUUUUCUCCCGUGGGCCAGAAUGAGUUAAAAAGGGAGCAGUUGAAAGAAUUGGCGGUAUUGAAUGGUACGCUACGAGAAACAAAACCGUUUGAUCCAGAAGCUUACCAGAGGAGACAGCAACGGUCAUUCGAUAUUACAAAGAUUAUCUGUAAGAUAUGUGGUAAAGUUGGUCAUUAUGCAAGGGACUGUAAUCAGAGAUCACAUAAUGUUGGAGACAAUGGCGGACAAGGUAUUGACUCUUACACCCCAGGUUCAAAUUUGAAUCAAGAUUCCUCAGAACAGGCACAGAAAAGACAAAGAACUGAGUUACCACUACCACCAUGGCAGACAGUCAAUUCUCAUGGAUCCAAUGCUCCUGCUCCUCCACCAUCAGUUACCAAUCCCGGUCAUCUCCCUCCACCACCUGCAGUGCCUACUUCUGGUCAUCUUCCGCCACCACCAUCUGUACCUACCCCUAAUCAUCCACCACCUCCACCUUCAUUCAAGCGCGAAUCACAUUUACCACCAAUUCCUAAUCAACUGAGCCUUCCAGGAGGCAAACCACCUCCACCGACUGUGCAAAAGCCAACUCCACCACCUCCAGCUCCACCUACAGGCAAAAAGCCUGUGUCUACAGCUGCAGCCGCAAAGCCGCCUCCACCACCUGCUCCACCAUCUCGACCUCCACCACCUCCCCCAAAAUGA